AUGGUCACUACGUGUAAGCUGUCUGCUCAAGAAGGUAAUCCUAUAGAAGAUGAAGGUCUGUUCCGGAGUGUUGUGGGAGCUCUCCAAUAUGUGGUUAUAACAAGACCAGACAUUGCCUUCGCUGUCAAUAAGGUAUGUCAAUACAUGCACAAGCCUCUCGAUACACACUCUAAAGCUGUUAAAAGAAUUAUGCGGUACCUACAAGGAACAUUAGAGUUUGGAUUACAGUUUACUCGCCACUCUAAACUCCUUCUCGAAGGUUAUUCAGAUGCUAGUUGGGGGUCUGACAUUGAUGACCGACGGUCGACAUCGGGGUUUUGUAUUUUCUUUGGUGGAAAUCCAGUCUCUUGGAGCUCCAAGAAGCAACGUGUUGUAUCAAGAUCCACAACAGAGGCCGAGUAUCGCAGUCUUACGCAUGUCACUGCAGAAAUAGAAUGGAUUCGAUCAUUGCUGAUAGAACUUGGGGUGGAGGUGUACAACAAGACGCUGGUUUAG